AUGGAUGUAAAUGACCCUCCAUCUGCUGAACCCAGUGUUGCAGAGAAUGUGACCUUUGGGGAUUUAGUGACUUUAUUGGAAAAAAUCCAGAGAACACACGGAAAUGCUAAAAAACGAGAAAUUCUUGCCAAAUUCAUUCAGCACUGGCGAGAUGCCCAUCAUAAUCUCCACAAAGGCAAGAAAACGACUGACUCUUUCUAUCCAGCUAUGCGCCUUUUACUACCCCAUUUAGAAAGAGAACGACUGGCUUAUGGUAUCAAAGAGCAUAUGUUGGCUCGGCUUUUGAUUGAUGUGCUGUGUCUGGGAAAAGACAGUGCUGAUGCAUCCAAAUUAAUGCACUAUAAAGCAGUCAAGGCUACACAAUUUGGUGCUGGAGACUUUGCUAACAUAGCUUAUUUUGUCCUGAAGAACCGCUGCCCUGAGAAAGGAACUCUGACUAUUGCCGAUGUGAACACCAGUCUCGAUGCAAUUGCUGUCAACAAUUCCAGCAAGAAGAAGGAAUUGGUGCGCAAGAAUAUGAUGCAUCUUUUACGCAAUUUGGCUGCCUUAGAACAAAAAUGGCUAAUUCGAAUGAUUUUGAAAGAUCUAAAAAUUGGUCUCAGCCAACAAUCCAUAUUUGCUGUGUUUCAUCCAGAUGCUGAUGAAAUGUACAACGUCAAUAACAGUUUAGAAAAAGUUUGUAUUCAACUUCAUGAUCCAAAUCUGAGAUCCCAUGAAAUUGCUAUCAGUGUGUUCUCCCCAUUUUCUCCCAUGUUGGGUGAAUUUGGAAAUCCGGACAAAAUUUCCAAAGUAAUGGCCGGCAAACAAUUUUUCAUUGAAACAAAGUUUGAUGGCGAACGAAUGUUACUUCAUAAGCAAAAAGGGGAAUACAAAUAUUUUUCUCGAAGUGGAACAGAUUACAGCAAAUAUUUUGGCUGCACAAAAUAUGAAGGAAGUCUAAGCCAAUACAUCCAUAAUUGUUUUCAUGAAGAAAUUAAUUCAUGCAUUUUGGAUGGGGAAAUGCUUGGAUAUCAUUCAGCCACAAAGACAUUUGGUUCUAAAGCUGACCAUUAUGAUAUAAAGGCUCGUGAUCUUGGAGAAUAUCAGGCUUGCUACUUUGUAUUUGACAUUCUUCUCUACAACGAUUUAGUUUUGUCCAAUCGACCUCUUCAAGAAAGAGUUCACUUUUUAAAAAAAGUUUUCCAACCGAUUGACGGCAGAAUUCACAUAAGUGAAUUUAAAAUUGCAAAUUCAAGAGAUGCUUGCAUUGAUGCCUUGAAUAAUGCCAUAGACAAUCGCGAAGAAGGAAUUAUGGUAAAAGACUGUGAAUCUAUCUAUCGUCCUAGUGCUCGGCGAGGUGGCUGGUUCAAACUGAAACCAGAAUAUGUGGAUGGAUUGAUGGAUCAGCUUGAUGUUCUUAUUGUGGGUGGAUUUUGGGGCAUUGGUCAUCGGGGUGGGUUGAUGUCCCAUUUCCUUUGUGCUGUGGCACUUCCAACGCCCACAGGGAAGAAACCAAGUGUCUUCUGGUCUUUCUGCAAAGUUGGUUCUGGUUACACAAAAAAAGAAUUGAUUGACUUCAAUAAGAAAUUGGCUGACUACUGGCAACCUUUUGAUCGUAAAAAUCCUCCAAGCUCAAUUAUCUUGGCCUCUGGAUUUAAAGAGCAACCAGAUGCUUGGAUUGAACCGUCAAAAUCUUGCAUUGUACAGGUGAAAGCAGCUGAGAUUGUAUCAAGUGGACGAUUCAAAACUGGUUAUACUUUGAGAUUUCCCCGUGUUGAAAAGAUUCGUGAGGACAAACCUUGGUUUGAAUGCAUGACAACUGAAGAUUUAGAUGACUUGAGACAGAAAUCUGGGGGCAAAUUGGCAAACAGAUUGUUGAGAAGGAAAAAAGCCAUCACACAAGAAAGACCCAAAGUUGGUGCCAAUUUUCAGGCAGCAGACACAUCACAAGUCAAACAGGAAUCAGACAUGUUAUGCAAUAAGGAGAUUUGUGUUUACAAUGGAUCCAAAGAAUGUUCAAAGGCUGAACUUGAGAAAUUGAUUGUAAAAUUUGGAGGCAAAGUUGUCCAGAACCCAGAUUCCAUCACAAACUUUGUUUUGGCUGACAAAGUGACAGUUCGAGUAAAUAAUUUGGUGAAAGCAAAUUCUCAUGACAUUGUCAAAGUAUCUUGGUUUCUGAAAUGUGCUCAGGCUUUUCAGUUGUUCCCAUGGACACCACAAGACAUGAUCCAUGCUUCUCAAGGAACUGUAACUCAUUUUCAAAAGGAUUUUGAUCAAUUUGGUGACAGUUACACACAACCAUCAACAAUUGCAGAUUUGAAACAAGUUUUCAAUAACAUUGACCAGAGUGGCUUCCCACGGCUAACAUCUUCAGAAAUUGCAGACGUGGAAGAGGAAUAUUUUCAAGAUGAGUCUCCAUAUGGAUUAUUCCGAUUUUGCAGAGUUUAUAUUGACAACAAAUUGGAUCCACUUGUGGCCACUACACAAAUUCCUCAUUCACCUUUGGAUUUAUUGGCUUUAGAACUCAGAUAUUUUGGAGCCUCUAUUGAACCUAUCUUAACUAAUAACGUAUCACAUGUUAUCAUAGACAAAGGUGACCUCUCAAGACUCUACUUUUUUAAAGAUAUACGUCGUCAACAGACCCAGAAGUUCCACAUCAUCUCUUCACAGUGGAUAAAAGAUUGGACCCACCCCCCUCCUGACUUAGCUGAGCUGGCCCUACCCUCCCCUACGCCAACCCUUGUAUGGACGGCCCCCUGGAGUAGUAGCCAUGAGAUUAAGGCUGCUGCUGCUGCCGCCGCUACUGCCGCCCCUGCUGCUGCUGCCCCGGUUGCUUGA